ACUGAGAAUGGGAAAAUUGCUGCAACAUGAUAACCAAUGUUUGCAAACAAUAACAAAACAAAAUACCUAAGCACAUAACACGUAGGCCAACGUGUCAGUCAUAAAAUCACGUGACUUGAUCACGUGACGGUGGCAUUAAAUAGAGUAUCCCUGCAUGUGAGUAAAUGUCUCAGAGAAGAGUCUAUCCUAGUAAUCCUUCAGUGCCAACAGGGCCCUCUCCUGGUUACCAUGGAAACCUACCCCAGCAGCAGCAGCAGGGACAGUACCCUCCUCCUCCUCCUGGGGGUGUGGCUAAUAAGCUAGGGGCAAUGAGUUUAGGUCCUCCUGGUCCCCCGUCUGGUUCAUUAAUGGGAGCUCCGCCCACCUCAUUAAUGGGUUCUCCCCCUCAACCAACUGUUAACGGCCCACCUCCUUCAUUAAUGGGAGCUCCACCCACCUCGCUAAUCUCUCAUUCAUCAGCUGGUCCCUCUUCCCUAAUGGGUCCUGGCCCACCAGGCCCUUCAUUAAUGGGUCCUCCUCCUCCUCUUAGGCCACACCCAAUGGGACUAAUGGCCCCACCUACACAACUAGGAGGGGGCCCUCCGACUAAUAUUAGACCUCAGCCACCACCCACUCAAUUAGCAGGACCUCCACCUAUGAAUAGACCUCAAUUAGCUGGUCCUCCACCCACUCAAUUAGCAGGACCUCCACCUAUGAAUAGACCUCAAUUAGUGGGCCCUCCCCCACCCACUCAAUUAGCAGGUCCUCCUCCACUUAUUAAUAGGUCCCAGCCACCGCCCACUCAAUUAGCAGGUCCUCCUCCACUUAUUAAUAGACCUCAGCCACCGCCCGCUCAAUUAGCAAGACCUCCACCUAUGAAUAGACCUCAAUUAGCUAGUCCUCCUCCACCCACUCAAUUAGUAGGCCCUCUGCCUACUCAAUUAGCAGGUCCUCCGCCUACUCAAUUAGCAGGUCCUCCACCCACUCAAUUAGCAGGUCCUCCUAAUAUUAGGCCUCAGGCUCCGCCCACUCAUUCUCAGUUUCCUCCUCAUCCUUCUUUAGCUCCUCCCACUUCAGCGGCCCAAGGUCCCCCGACAGGAUCUCAUUCCCAUACUCUCAUGUCUCAUACCGGUACUCAUGGUAUGUACAUGGCUGAAGGUGGGGGUAGUACUGGAAUGAGUAUGGCAGGUCCGCCUCCACUGGGUCACAUGACAGCUCCUCCUCCUAACAAGUAUCCUCAUUCUGGACCAACCGGUCUGACUGGUUCUACUCUCCAACCUCAACCAGAACCUCAACCACCUCCUCCUCAGCAGUUGCUUCCGAACAUUCAGCCUGUCAAUGUGCAAGAAGUUCGUAAUAUCUUGCCUGCCACACCCAUCACAGUCUCCACCCCACUACUACCGCAGCACCUACGGGAUCUUAAUCCGGAUCCUUUUGUGUUCUGCUCUACAAUGUCGACUGUUCCAGCUACUUCUGGACUCCUCAAUAAGAUGAAGUUACCUUUUGCUAUUCACAUUCAUCCAUUCAAGGACAGCAAGGCUAGGGAGUGUCCAGUCAUUAAUCCCAGUACUAUUGUAAGGUGUAGGGUCUGCCGAGCUUAUAUCAAUCCUUUUGUGUCCUUUGGGACCAGAA